AUGACAUACCUCGGAACUUCAGACGGUGGACACGGCAACAUUUUCAUGCGGGAAAACAAUUCAAUGUUUACCGCAGCACAUGUGCUGUUUGAUGAGAACCUCUUUCCUCGGUGCUCUGAGUCAAACAGACACAAGUCUAACCGACUUCCUCAUUGGAAAGAUCCACAACCCACCAUCCCACCCGAUGAUGACGGCGAUGUUCCGCCUCAUCAACACUAUCCUCCUGAAAGGAGACCGGAUCCGGAGCAAGACGUUGCACCGCCCGCUGUACCACAGCGUGAUCCGAGUCCGCCGCCACAACCCCGGAAUGAACCGCCUGCUCCUUUACAAGAGCCUAGGCGUUCAGGUCGUGAGCGGAGAGCCCCCACUCGUCUUACUGGUGGCAAAGGACCUUUGCCUACCGAACAGCAGAUAGAGCCACCUACGAAGGGUGCUCAGAGGCGUGCUCAAGGUCCUCAGCCAGGUCGCUCCUCGGCAGGACAAGAGUCAAAUGAUCAGAAUCAGGUUCCCGGACCUAGUUCUGAGCCAAACACCUCUGGCCACGGCGAACCUUCGGUAGCUCCCGGUGACGAAGCUGGUAUCCUGGCUAGACUAUGUCGGGAAGGGGGAGCCGAAUUGAUACAUUUUCUCAUGGCUAAAGCUGUCCCACUUGAGGGGGAGUUUAGGCCCGCUGAGAACGUCCGAGAAUGGACGUACAAGGACAUAGCUCGCUUACCCAAAGCUGAGCGGGAUGAAUGA